UGUUUCAAAAUAUAUUGUCAUGCUAAAGUUAAAAUCAACAACAGAUCCAUCCUUUACAAUGGACGUAAAGGCUUAUGUUUUAAAGCAAAUUACUUCAUACUUACCUGAGUCACGUGUGUCUAUUGGCGAUUGGGAUGAAUUCAAGAACAUUAGCUUAGCAGAUCCGCAUUAUGAUACACCUAAUAAAAUAGACGUAUUAUUAGGGGCUGAAGUGUACAGUCAGAUUAUUAAAGAUGGAGUAAUAAAGAGUUUUGCGGGAUCUCCAGUUGCCCAAUGUACUUCACUAGGAUGGAUUUUGUCUGGUCCCAUUAAUUCUGUAAGUCCUGGUAAACAAAGAAUUGUUAAUGUUGUUAUGCAUACUCACGUCCAAGAAGAUGACGCGUUGAAACGUUUCUGGGAGAUUGAAAUGGCGGAUAAUUGCUGUAAGAAAAUAUUAACACUAGAUGAACAAAAGUGCGAAGACAUUUUUGUUGCAACUACAAAAAGAGAUUCUGAUGGUAAAUAUAUUGUUAAGUUACCAUUUCGUACGGAUGAUCCUCCUUGUAAAGGCGGUAAUUCCAGAGAAAUAGCUAUCAAGCGUUUUUAUAAUUUAGAGAAAAAAUUAGCAAAGGAUAACAAGCUUAAGAAUGAAUAUACUAAAGUGAUAAAUGAAUAUUUGUCUAUGAACCAUAUGAAAUUAAUAAAACAGCCAGAUUAUAAAGCAAAUGAGUCAGUUUACUUACCUCAUCAUGCCGUGGUACGUGAAGAUAAGUCUACCACCAAAACAAGAGUUGUGUUCGAUGCAUCCUGCAAAAAUGAAAACGGUAUAUCAUUAAAUGAUACAUUAUUAGUAGGACCUACGAUACAAGGCGAGUUACGUCACCUUAUUAUGCGCUGGAGAAGCUAUCCCGUAUGUUUAACUGCGGACAUAAUUAAAAUGUAUAGAAUGAUUAAAAUAGCAGAAGAAGAUAAUGAUUAUCAACGAAUUAUAUGGAGAGAGAAUAUAAAUGAUGAAAUAAAAGACUACAAAUUAUUAACUGUCACCUUCGGAACAUCAUCAGCUCCCUUUUUAGCAGUCAGAGCACUUAAUCAGGUGGCUUAUGAUGAAGGAGAAAGGUAUCCUUUGGCUGCAGCACGGGUUGCUAAAAAGUUCUAUAUGGAUGAUUUAAUGACCGGAGGAGAAACAGUACAGGAAUGUUUACAAAUAUAUCAUGAAAUGAAUGAACUAUUAAUGAAAGCGGGAUUUAAAUUACAAAAAUGGAAUAGCAAUAAAGAUGAAAUUAUGGAGGUAAUACAAAAUGAUAAAGAGAGAGAAGGAAGAGAAAAGGAGAUUAGUAAUACAGAUACAAAAAUAGAAAAUAUAGAAAUAAAAACAGAUAAUACUAUUAACAUAUUAGGACUUACCUGGAAUAGAAACCGCGAUGAAUUCCAAUAUUCAGUGAAGUUGCCGCCGCUGUCCGCACCUGUAACUAAAAGAAAAAUAUUGUCAGAUGUAGCUAGGUUAUAUGACCCGAUGGGUUGGAUAGCACCUAGUGUAGUAAUAGCUAAAGUAAUGAUACAGAAACUCUGGUUGGCCGGUUUAGAAUGGGAUGAAGAAGCACCUAAAGAGUUAAUAAAAGAAUGGCUUACUUACCGUUCAGAACUGCCACAACUUACUGCAUAUAAAAUUCCCCGAUGGAUGUACACUAAGAAUGAUAAUGUCAGCGUUGAAUUGCAUGGCUUUAGCGAUGCAUCUCAAAUAGCAUACGCAGCUGUGGUAUAUGCUCGAAUUAUAGAUUCGAGUGGAGUAGUACACGUGUCAUUAGUUAGUUCAAGGAGCCGAGUAGCUCCUAUAAAACAAAUUAGUAUACCACGCUUAGAACUCUGCGGUGCAGUAUUGUUAGCAAAAUUACUAGUAGAAGUUGCAGAUAUAUUAGUUGUUCCAAUAACAAACGUAAAGGCAUGGACCGAUUCCACGGUAGUAUUGGCUUGGUUGAGUAAGCACCCGAGUAGUUGGAAGACCUUCGUAGCGAACAGGGUAUCGGAGAUAUUAACAGUUUUAGAUUCCUCUCAUUGGUAUCACGUGUCAUCCAAACAAAACCCUGCGGAUUGUGCCUCUCGAGGAUUGAGUCCAUCGCUUCUUAUCGCCCAUGAUCUUUGGAAUUCCGGUCCUGAAUUUUUAUGGAAUAAAGAUAUAGAAUAUUCUAAAUUAAAAUGCAAUGAAACUCAUUUGGAAGAAACUGUAAAGGUACAUCAUAUAACUAUAGAGAAUUUUAUUGUAGAUAAAUAUUCGGAUCUUACAAAAGCUUAUUAA